GUAGUAGGAUGCUAGAUGCCGCUUCAUCUUCCUCUUUAAGAAAGCUAGCUGGGGCUUGCUUUGUAUUUCUCUUCCCAACCUUUUCCCCUCCAUGUCUCAUGUAAACUGAAGCCUACUGAUCUACAACCACAGCGCCUUUGCUGAAGAUCUCACAAUUGCAAACCAAACACACCAUUUUUCCCCGGCCUUUAUCGGAGUAUCCUUUGAUCACCAGUCCUGUCCUGUUACAAGAACAAAUAGCACUCUUUAUCCAGCAGCUAGCCAACCACCUGCUAUCCUAGGAAGUUCGACAGAGCUGCAUCCACAUAUAAUAUUGAGCUAAUCUAACCCUAAACCCCCUCCUAAAAUAGUUGUGGCAUAUAGUACUGUUACAUACUCCACCAGAUCCCUGAAAUAGCAUACUAGUCAAUAGUCAACAGCUGUAGCAGCAGCCGGAGCUCGCUCGAGAAGCGUGAGCGGGGAGCCCCAUGGAGUUCACGCCCGCGCAUGCGCAUGCCCGUGUCGUUGAGGAUUCCGAGAGGCCUCGCGGCGGCGUGGCCUGGGUGGAGAAGGAGCACAUGUUCGAGAAGGUGGUCACCCCGAGCGACGUGGGGAAGCUCAAUCGCCUGGUCAUCCCAAAGCAGCACGCGGAGCGCUACUUCCCCGCGCUGGACGCCUCGUCCGCCGCGGCGGCGGCGGCGGCAGCAGCCGCGGGAGGCGGGAAGGGGCUGGUGCUCAGCUUCGAGGACCGGGCGGGGAAGGCGUGGCGCUUCCGCUACUCGUACUGGAACAGCAGCCAGAGCUACGUGAUGACCAAAGGUUGGAGCCGCUUCGUGAAGGAGAAGCGCCUCGGUGCCGGGGACACAGUCUUGUUCGCGCGCGGCGCGGGCGGCGCGCGCGGCCGCUUCUUCAUCGAUUUCCGCCGCCGUCGCCAGGAUCUCGCGUUCCUGCAGCCGACGCUGGCGUCUGCGCAGCGACUCCUGCCGCUGCCGUCGGUGCCCAUCUGCCCGUGGCAGGACUACGGCGCCUCGGCUCCGGCGCCCAACCGGCACGUGCUGUUCCUGCGGCCGCAGGUGCCGGCCGCCGUAGUGCUCAAGUCGGUCCCCGUGCACGUUGCUGCAUCCGCGGUGGAGGCGACCAUGUCGAAGCGCGUCCGCCUGUUCGGGGUGAACCUCGACUGCCCGCCGGACGCCGAAGACAGCGCCACAGUCCCCCGGGGCCGGGCGGCGUCGACGACGCUUCUGCAACUGCCCUCGCCAUCGUCGUCAACAUCCUCCUCGACGGCAGGGAAGGACGUGUGCUGUUUGGAUCUUGGACUGUGAAGACAAUCAACAUCCUCUAGCAAAAAGAAGGAGAAAUUGGGUCGAGGAACUGAUGGGGCACUGACACACGAACUGAUAUGGCUCCAGUACUGCAUCUGCAUGUGUAAUUGUUGAUGAAUUGGUAUUUCUUGAUGAUAUCCUGCUCAUAUAAUCAUAUUAGCUCAUUUGUGCUUUCCGUAACUAAUGUGUGUUUCUUCUCUUUUCUUGAUUUGAUCUUUGUUCCGAGGAUAUGAUAUCGAUCUUGCUCAUUAUAAAUGUACAUAUUCUGAAUCAUCUCUGACUAAAUUCAGUAAUUAUUUAAGAA